CGCUUCCGCGCAGCGGCGCGGAGAGGUGACGUCACGCAGCGGGGCGGGGGCUUCUUGGGGACGAAGGCUGACAGGAAGCCGCGGGGCUGGAGCAGCUGGUUCUAGCGCUCCCGGAGUUGGUCGCGGCUCUGACAGGCUCUCUCUGAGCGCCUGCUGCCUGCAGGGACCCGGGUACUGGAGGGUCCGAAGGUCCAGCCUCAGCGCUUGGGCGCGCCGCGAGGGGACAGCACGUGCAAAAGCCGGAGGCGCGGAGGACUGCCGAUUCGGUGCCCGGAGCUCGGAGUGGCGAGAGCUGGCCCCCGUAGGCACAGAAGCGAGAAGCAGCUUCCUAAGGUCACCCCGCUGGUGUACAGCAAACAAUGGCGCCCACUUUGGGGGGAGACGAGGAUGCUCUGCUGCCAGACUUCCCCAGGGGGCCCCUCCACGCCUACCGAGCAAGAGCAUCCUUCAGCUGGAAGGAGCUGUUGCUGUUCUUAGAAGGCCAGGACACGCUCCGCUUCAAGAAAUCCAUCUUCUCGGCUUUGGAGAAAGACCCUCUCUUUGCCCGGACCCACGGAGCCGAGCUGUCCAUGGAGAAGUACCGUGAGCUGACCUUCCUUCGAUGCAAGCGGGUGAUGGAGUAUGACUUCCUCAGUGUGAGAGAGAUGUUCAAGAGUCCUCUGAAAACCGUAGCGUUGAUUCACUGCCUGGGGAUGUAUGACUGGUCCCUGGCUGCCAAGUACCUGCUCCACGUGUUGGUUUUUGGAUCAACAGUUUACAACUCUGGCUCUGAAAGACAUUUCGAAUAUAUUCCAAAGCUGUUCAAUAUGGAGAUUUUUGGAUGUUUCGCUUUGACUGAGUUAAGUCAUGGGAGUAACACCAAAGCCAUUCGAACGACUGCCCACUACGAUCCGGCCACUGAGGAAUUCAUCUUACAUUCCCCGGAUUUUGAAGCUGCCAAAUUUUGGGUCGGCAAUAUGGGCAAGACGGCCACUCACGCGGUGGUGUUUGCUCAGCUGUACACGCCAGGGGGCCAGUGCCAUGGGCUGCAUUCCUUUGUCGUGCAGAUUCGGGACCCAAACACCCUUCUUCCCAUGCCGGGGGUGAUGGUCGGCGACAUAGGGAAGAAACUUGGGCAGAAUGGCUUGGACAACGGAUUUGCCAUGUUCCACAAGGUCAGGGUUCCUCGCAAGAACCUGCUGGACCGGACUGGAGGCGUCACCCCCGAGGGUACCUAUGUCACCCCCUUUAAGGAUGUCAGGCAGCGGUUCGGAGCCUCCUUGGGCAGCUUAUCCUUUGGUCGAGUCUCCAUCCUGAGCAUGUCCGUGGCCAACUUAAAACUGGCCGUGUCUAUAGCGCUUCGUUUUUCUGCCACUCGGUGUCAGUUUGGACCAACAGAUGAAGAGGAAGUGCCAGUACUUGAGUAUCAAAUGCAGCAAUGGCGCUUACUUCCGUACCUGGCUGCUGCCUAUGCCUUAGACCACUUCUCCAAAUCACUCUUUCUGGACCUGAUGGAACUUCAGCGAAGCCUUCUAGGGGGAGAACGGAAUGCCAGACAGGCAGAGCUCGGCCGUGAGAUCCACGCGUUGGCUUCAGCUGGCAAGCCUCUGGCCUCGUGGACUGCCCAGCAAGGAAUUCAGGAAUGUCGGGAGGCAUGCGGAGGACACGGAUAUCUGGCCAUGAACCGGAUUGGUGAGCUCAGGAAUGACAACGACCCCAACUGCACAUACGAAGGUGACAACAAUGUCCUGCUGCAGCAGACGAGCAACUACUUGCUUGGCCUUCUGACGUGCCGGCUCCAAGAUGGCGCUCCCUUCCAAAGCCCUCUGAAGACGGUGAACUUUCUAGAAGCCUACCCUGACAUCCUCGGCCAGAGGUUCACAGGCCACAGCGUUGCCGACUGCUUGGACUCUGCAGUCUCACUGCAGGCGUACCAGUGGCUGGUUUGCUACCUGCUCCAAGAGAGUUAUCGAAAGUUAGAUCAAGAGAAAAGAUCAGGAAGGAGCGACUUUGAAGCCAGAAACAACUGCCAGGUGUUCCGCUGCCGCCCCCUGGCCCUGGCCUUCCUGGAGCUCACGGUGGUGCACAGGUUCCACGAGCACACGCAUGGCCCCAGCGUGCCGCCCUCGCUGCGGGGCGUGCUUGGGCGGCUCAGCGCGCUGUACGCCCUGUGGUCUCUGAGCCGGCACACGGCUGUGCUCUACCAAGGUGGAUACUUCUCGGGCACGCAAGCAGGUGCAAUGAUGGAGCAGGCCAUGCUGGACCUGUGCUCGCAGCUGAAAGACGAUGCAGUUGCCUUGGUAGACGUGCUCGCUCCUCCUGACUUUGUCCUGGACUCCCCGAUUGGCAGAGCGGAUGGCGAGCUUUAUAAAAACCUCUGGACCUCUGUCCUUCAGGAAAGCAAAGUGCUGGAGAGGGCAUCGUGGUGGCCAGAAUUUUCCUGUAACAAACCUGUCAUAGGAAGUUUGCAAUCAAAGCUCUAACCCCACCAGCAUGCAUCCAGCUAAAUCCAAUGAAGCUAAUGAAGCUAAUUAAGACACGGACAUCAGAUUCCAGUCCCAGCAGACACCAGAACUUGCCGCUGCUCUCUGAACACGCACCUUUGACUUAAACCCGCUGUCUGUCCUCUCGUUUCCAAGGCAGACCUGGCGCACCCCAGGCAGAGGCCUCUAGUCCUAUCCAGGGGGUCGACACCUGACUUGCAAGGUUAUUCUGGGAUCACGGUGGUUUGCUGUGUGAAAAGGAAACAUGCCAUCGCGUCUUCCCGAUGAACUGGAGGAUUUUAGAUAAUUAGAGCUUUACACCUUCUCUUGUAUUGUCAGGUAUAGAUACGGAUUACAAAGUAUAUCUUUCAUCAUUAGAGACUUCCUGGUCAGACGAUCUAUUGAAUUCAUCCUGAGAUUUUUUUUACAAAGCUCUUUCACUAUGGAAUUAAUAAUGUCAGUCUGGUUCUUUGUUAAUGCUGUUUGACUUUAUCAUGUAAUUAAAUUAUGACCUUAUUAAUUUGCACACACAUCAUCUGAGUGACAUGGUUUAAGAUUUUUAAGGGGGGAAAAUCUGUUUUACUGCUCUUAAGUUUCCAUUGAAGAACUGUUUCCAAAGGAAUAAAAACACCUAAUGAUUUGAAUAUCUGAA